AUGUCGACCCUCUUGGAAAUAACCUCAGAGGAGGCCUUUGGCCCUCACCUCGCCUCAAUCCCAUCAUCCUCCCUCAUAGUCCUCUACUUUCACGCCCCAUGGGCCGCUCCAUGCGCGCAAAUGCGCGGGGUCCUGUCCGCCCUCGCCUCCCAAUAUCCUGUCACCACCCCGCCAACCGUCUCCUUCAUCAGCAUCAACGCUGAAGAACUUCCUGACAUCUCCGAAGACUACGACGUCACGGCCGUUCCCUACGUUGUGCUGCUCAAAGACGGUACAAUUCUCGAAUCCAUCAGCGGAAGCGAGGCCGCAAAAGUGCGCGACGCUGUCGAACGAUACGCGGGCUCGGGAACAAGCGCCAGCGCGGCCAAUGGUGCUGGGAUUGGCAGCAGUGCGAUCCCGCCUCCAUUGACGGCUGUGCCGAGGGAGGAUGCCCCGACAACGGCUACACAAGCGCCUGUGGCUGCGGCGGGCCAGGGCGUCGGUGGUGCUGCGCCGGCUUUGACACCCGAACAGAGCAAGGAGGCUUUGUUUUCUCGGCUUGCUGAGCUGGUUAAGGCUGCGCCGGUCAUGUUGUUUAUGAAGGGUACACCCAGUGCGCCUCAAUGUGGAUUCAGUCGGCAAUUGGUUGGUAUCCUACGGGAGCGGAGUGUUAAGUAUGGAUUCUUCAAUAUCCUCGCCGACGAGGAUGUGCGGCAGGGCCUGAAGGAGUUUGCGGAUUGGCCUACUUUCCCGCAACUGUGGGUUAACGGAGAGUUGGUUGGUGGAUUAGACAUUGUCAAGGAAGAACUCGAGAACGACCCCGACUUCCUCAACGGCUUCUCUGUCAAUAAAUAG